CAUGACGUCACCAACUUAGCGUUGUCGUCUUCAUGUCUGCUUUAUAAAAUGGCGGCCGCAGAAAUUCAAGUUGUAAAUUCAUCAAAUUUAGCAAAAAUAGAAAGUUUUCUCAAUGAUCCAAGUUACAAAGAGAUUAUCGAAAACUCAUCAACAUUUAACUCGCGACUAUGUGCGGAGAGAAGGAUGCGUAUGCCGUUCAUCGACACACAAACAGGUGUUGCACAAAGUCAUUGCAACUUGUUCAUGACGAGGAAGCAGCGCAUGCCAGGUGCUAGAGAAGGACAGGUGUACACAUACCCUUCACAAAGAUGGCGCAAAGCUCGACGUCAGUACUUAACAAUGUCGUCAACACGUUGGGGCUGGAGUGCACUGGAUGCAGCAGAGAAUGCAGGUGAUGGUGAGAACAGUUCGGGUAUACCUGGUGAUGCGCUCGGAGGUGAUGACAGCCGAGAUGGCUCACAGACCGCUGCCAAAGAUGAUCCUAAGGAAUGGUUCUACGACGAGCUGGCGAUAGAGGAGAUGGAGACGGGGGAGGAGCCAGACCCGGAAUCCGAUGAGGACUACUACGACGACACAUACGCGAACAGACGCAAGCGGCGCGGCGCGGCGCCCACCGGGCCCGGCUCGCGCGGCGGCCGGCGCGCCAACAAGCAGCCCGAUGAUACACCUCCCAAGCGGGGACGAGCUGGUCGCGGACGUAAGAGAGCAGGUCAGGGUACGCUGCCGUACGAGGUGCCAGGUGAUGCGGAGAAACCAUACGGAUGUGAACUGUGCGGUGCUAAAUACAAGACUCGUCCCGGUCUUACGUACCACUUCACGCAUACCCACAAGGAGGCAGGCGGGGGCUCCGCGGCGUCACCAUCGCCAUAUUGCGACUUUUGUUUGGGCGAUGAUCGUGAGAACAAGAAGACGGGCACGCCAGAGAAGUUAGUCAGUUGCUCUGACUGCGGACGGUCAGGUCACCCGACGUGCCUGCAGUUCACAGUGAACAUGAUAGUGUCGGUGCGCAAGUACCGGUGGCAAUGCAUCGAGUGCAAGUGCUGCUCCGUCUGCGGCACCAGCGAUAAUGAUGACCAGUUGUUGUUCUGCGACGACUGCGACCGCGGCUACCACAUGUACUGCCUGGCGCCGCCGCUCGACACGCCGCCCGAGGGCUCCUGGUCCUGCGCGCUCUGCAUCAAUGAGUUCCACACUAAGCGCUGACUUCUCAUACGCGGAUUUGAAGCAGCUGACCAUUUUACCCAAUUGUAUAGACUAUGUUGCCAUAUGAAGCAUUAAAUGGAUUCACUAUACAAAUAACAUUUCUCUUACAGAUCAAAUUAAUUACGUAUUAUAGUAGUUUUCAUAGUUAACGCUUGUAUAUAAAAUUUAAAUAUCAACAAACUGGUCUAAUAAAAUCGUAUAUUUUC